GAUCCGAAGAUCACUCAUAACAAACCAUUCUUCCCAUCCAAAUACCAUUGACCCUAAAAUUUAGGUCUAACAAACCACCAUACUCCACCACCUUCACCCUUUUCACAUCCUAUCAUAACCACCACUAUAAUGACCUCCUCCUCCCCACACCGCCCUCUGAUCGCCAUCAUCACCGCCAUCCGAUCCUCCCUCCCUUUCCUCUUCUUAUCCCUCCUCCUCGUCUACCUCAUUUACUCAUCCCAACUCCUCAUCAACCCUCCCCACACCAAAAUAAGUUGCCAAGAUUAUUCCAACCUUAACACCAACACCACCACCACCACAACCAACAAUACCAACAAUACCAACCCCCAAAUAACCGGCUACAACACCGAGCUUAAACACAUUGCAUUUUGCAUUGCUGCAUCAUCCAAACUAUGGGACUCAAGAAAGGAAUACAUCAAGCUAUGGUGGCGCCCGGGGGAGACCCGAGGGGCGGUUUGGCUCGACAACGAAGUCAAGAUCAAGCAAAACGAAAGCCUAAGCCUACCCAACAUCCACAUUUCACAACCAACAUCAAGGUUCCCCUACACAAACCGCCAGGGUCAUCGGUCGGCCAUUCGCAUAUCGAGGAUAGUUUCGGAAGCAUUGAGGUUAGGACUAGAGGAUGUCCGGUGGUUUGUGAUGGGGGAUGAUGAUACUGUUUUUGUUGUGGAGAAUGUAGUCAGAGUUUUGAACAAAUAUAACCAUAAUCAAUUUUAUUAUAUUGGAAGUUCUUCAGAAAGUCAUUUUCAGAAUAUAUUUUUCUCGUACUCGAUGGCUUAUGGGGGUGGUGGGUUUGCUAUUAGUUAUCCGUUGGUGAAGGAGCUAGCAAAGAUGCAAGACCGGUGUAUUAAAAGGUACCCUGGGUUGUACGGAAGUGAUGACCGCAUGCAAGCAUGCAUGUCCGAACUCAACGUCCCCCUAACAAAAGAACCAGGCUUUCACCAAAACGACGUGUACGGCAACCUCUUGGGCUUACUCUCCGGCCACCAGGUGACGCCCUUAGUGUCGCUACACCACUUCGACGUAAUCGACCCAAUAUUCCCGGGGAUGGAACGAGUCGAGUCGGUCAAACACUUGCUUGAGUCCACCAAAUACGACUCGGCAAGUUUAAUACAACAAUCUAUUUGCUACGACACCAAACGCGAAUGGUCGGUUUUGGUGUCAUGGGGCUUCGCGAUCCAGAUCACUCGGGGGAUACUUUCGCCUCGAGAACUCGAAACCCCUAGUAGGACAUUUGUCAAUUGGUACAAAGUGUUGGAUUUUACGGCUUAUGCGUUUAAUACUCGCCCCGUUACCCAUCACCCGUGUCAAGCACCAUUUGUUUUUUAUAUAAAUUCGACGCGAUACGAUGAAUCGAGGAGGCAGAUUAUUGGGAUUUAUAGUGUUCAUAGACAACGACAACCUAAGUGCCGGUGGAAGAUGGUAUCACCCGAAAAGAUUCAUACGGUGGUUGUUUUGAAGCAUGAAGAUCCUGAUCGUUGGUCACGGGCACCAAGAAAGGAUUGUUGUAGAGUUUUGCCUUCUAGAAAGGAAGGAGUUAUGUACUUGUGGGUUGGUCAUUGUGGAGAAAAUGAGGUUAUUGAGGUGUAAAUUAACAUCAUAAUCCAUGGUUUUGUUCACCCCAUCAUGAUUUGGAUGGCAACAGUCGUGAAGACCGAAGAACAGUCUGACGUGUUUGCAAGAUUAUGUGCAUAUUCACUAACAAUACUAUGAAACCAAUCGCAUGAUCAACUAAUUGCUUAUCCGUUUCGUUCCUUGUUUUAAUUGUUUUAUAUGAGUAACAUUUUCUGUAAAUUAUAUGAGAAUCAUAAACCUAUGAUUAUGGAUGUU